AUGCCGCCCCGAACGAGAGCGGGGGUUCAAAGCCAGAAGCAAAAGGAGAAGCUUGCGAGCUCCUACAAUGAACUUCUCGAAGAAUUUUCCUCCAAGGAUCUCCGGAGCGUAGGCAACUACACGCUUGGGAGACUCAUUGGAAAAGGCUCCUUUGGCAAGGUCUACCUCGCGUCGCACAAACUCACUAAUGGCUCCAAGGUCGUGCUCAAAUCGUCUAGCAAGGAGGAUACAAAUCUCGUGCGCGAAAUUCACCACCAUCGUCAAUUCCUUCACCCCCAUAUCGCGCGCCUGUACGAAGUGGUCGUGACCGAGAGUUUGGUCUGGCUGGCACUGGAGUAUUGUCCUGGCGACGAACUCUACAAUUACCUCCUCCGCCACGGCCCGCUACCGGUUGAGAAAGUGAAACGAAUAUUUACACAAUUGGUGGGAGCAGUCGCAUAUGUCCACAGUAAGUCGUGUGUGCAUCGCGACUUGAAGUUGGAGAACAUCCUGCUGGACAAGCAGGAGAACGUCAAGCUCUGCGACUUUGGCUUCACGCGCGAAUAUGAAGGGAAGGCUAGUUACCUUCAGACCUUUUGUGGGACGAUAUGCUAUAGCGCACCGGAAAUGCUUAAAGGGGAGAAAUAUGCCGGUGAAAAAGUGGAUGUGUGGAGUCUGGGCAUCAUUCUCUAUGCGCUGUUGGCCGGUGAGCUACCAUACGACGAUGACGAUGACCAGGUCACCAAACGGCGCAUCUUGUUGGAGGAGCCGACGUUCAAUGACAAAUUUACGGAGGACGCCAAGGCAUUGAUCAAUCUGCUACUGUCUAAGCGGCCGUUGAUUCGACCAAGUUUGGAUGAAAUUCUGGCGCACCCUUUCCUCUCGGAACAUGCUCCUGAACAACUGGCAAUUUUGAAAAUCCCACGACCCUCGCCAUUCACUACGCCGUUGGAAAAGACUACACUUCAGCGGAUGAAGAGUGCCGGAGUGAAUAUCGACGAGGUGAUUGAGAAUGUGUUGGCUCAACGAUGCGACCCGCUAGCUGGCUGGUGGGCCCUGUUAAUUGAGAAGGAGCAGCGAAAGGAACAAAAGAGGGAACGCAAGCGCCGAGAACGUGAAGUUGAGGCGAAAAAUCUCCGCCGGUUGAGUGCGGCGAGCAGUCGUUUGGAAAAGCGGUCGUCCGCCUUGAUGGAGGUGGAGGAGGAAGGUCAGAGCUCAGAACUACAGAACCGUGGGAGACGGGACAGAAGAAGCUUACCUUCGCAAUUGGCAGUCCCGGAACUUCCUGCGCUUCCCGAGCCCCUGCCAGUGUUCCCAGUCGAGUCGACUACACCCCCGUUGCCGCUCGACAAGGACUCUAUACGAUCCCACGGCUCGUCGCGACGGCGUCCAAUUCCUCCGCCAAAAGACAGGCGGCGAUCACGCCCUAGCAUGCUGCACGUGAGUGCGUCACAGCCAGAGUUGACACAGCACAAUAGUAUCUUCCGACGUCGCACGAGUCGUCGCCACAAUUAUCCGAUCCUCAGCCAGUUAGCGUCGCUCAAGCACUGGUUUGUCGAGUCAGCGAAGAGAGCACGUUCUCCCCAUGCCAAGUCUACGGGCUCGCGCAAGUUCCUGUCGGAGAAGUUGAGCCCGGCAAAGAGCCAGGAUAACGGAAAGAAGUCUUCAACUUCUGCGUCACCAGCUAGCGAUAUGGCUGGGGAGGAUGUUCAGACACCGACUCAGACCAAUCGAUUCUCGACCGCAAGUAGCCUUGCGCCAAGCAGCGCUUCAUACCGCCAGAACCGCCAUUCCUACCCUCGGCAACCGCGGGCACUGAACACCAGCCACACGAGUCAUCGGAAUUCACUUUCGCCGUCGCCCAUCACUCCACGCGGGUCUUACCGGCGCUCGUCAGCCGGACUACGAGGUCGCAAAUCCACCUCGUCAUCAGUCUCCUCGAUUCGCAGCAUUCACCACACUCGCGCUCAUUCCAAAGCAUCCUCGAUCUCUUCCAACAGUGUAGAUACUAUCUCAACCCCCACUGCGCGAGUCUCCAGGUCGCCUCACUCCUCUAUCAAGGUCCUGCCAACCACCCCGGGCUCUUCUGCCCGGUUCCCCAGCAAUAUACGCUUGGUCAGAGGGCCAGGCGGAACCCCUCGCGAGAUAGUCGAUCGCGCCGGUCAGAUGCCUUCGUCAUUUAACGAAGCAGCACCAGCACCAUUGCUUUACUCGCCUUCCUCGAGCCUGGUCUUUGCGCGUCGCAAAAAAUCCGCCUUCAAGGGACCCAUGCUACACACAAGUAAUCUAAUGGUGUCGGGUGGCAUGGUCAACUCCCCAAUCCCAGGCCAAUCGGUGAACCCCAGUGAUUCCGAUGUGUCCAGCGGACGACCUGCUGCACGCAAGAGCCAGAUCAUUGAGGAAGAGGAAGACGACGAUGGCAUCGAGGAGGAACUCGAUGAAGUCGACGAGUUCGACGAACCCGGUACCCCGGGCACACCCGGCGACAUGGUAAUUUCAGACGACAAAGACGAGACCCCCAAGGUCUCAGUCGAGUUGGACUCCCCGGCAAAACACCCUUCGCUCCCGUCCCCAACCUCGAAACCAGUCCCCUUCGACCUCCCCGCUCGUCUUCUUUGCGCUCUCCAGAUAAGUCUGGUUGAUACCCCCAGCUUCGCUUUCGCAUUAGAUUUGCUUUGUCUCCACGAUCCCCCACAUUAG